AUGCGCUUCCAACCUCUUCUCGCAGCCAUCCUCCUCCCACUCGCUUUCGCAGACACAGCGAAUUCACCGGGUCUCGAGCUUGCCAAUGUUACGUUCAACUCUUACUACACCUUCGUGUCUCCCUCCGCCGCGGGACCCAAACUAGGCUCCAUCUCCUUCGCCAUCGUCAACGACGCCGUCGAAGACCCUGUCUUAUGCGAUGGCUACAGUACAAACCCUUGGGCCAUGUUCUAUGGUUCCGACGAAAUGUAUUGUGAUUACCCCGAGACAAGCGGAUACACGGAGUGCUGGACCAGCAGCGCAAGUUUCUUUCUGGACACGCUGACGCCCGGAGAGAUGAAUUUGACUGUACAGUUGAGCUGGACCUGUGCGGGUCAGGGCCAGUAUACGCUUACGGCAUGGGAAAACCUCAAUCUCGACUGCCAGAGUUGGACCUGUACGAAUGAUAUCUGGCCUAAGAAUACAAUCUACUCCAAUACUACUACGGUCUGUGAGCAAGAUACCGUCACCUUCGGGGGUGGAAACGCAAAGGUGCACAAGGUGGAGUGA